AUGCAUAAUGUUUCUUUGGUUGAGAUUAUUCGCCGCAACUUGGCAGAUAAUGAAUUGCCCCGAGCAAAAUUAUUAACUAUUUUUGAGACCAAGGAAAAACCGUGGGUAGAAAUAAUUACUGAAUAUUUAACUAAAAUUAACGAUAAAGCCCAAUUAAAGGAGCGUCCUCCGAUUGUUAGUAUUAUGGGACAUGUUGACCAUGGAAAAACAACUUUAUUGGAUACUAUUCGCCAAACCCAUUACCAAGAAAAAGAAGUAGGAGGAAUCACUCAAAAAAUCAGUGUUUCGCCAAUUGUAUUUCAAGGAAAAAAAAUUGUUUUUUUGGAUACCCCCGGUCAUAGUGAUUUUAUUCGUAUGCGGCAGCGAGGAAUUUCUCUAACCGAUAUAGUAAUUUUAGUAAUUAGUGCUAGUGAUGGAGUAAUGUUGCAAACCGAAGAAAUUAUUAGUUAUUUACAAGACUAUCAGUUGCCGGUCGUGGUCUUUAUUAAUCACCAAAGACCGAAUGAAACGGAUAACGAGGCUACUUUAGACCGCAUUAAAUCGCAAUGCCAAGAGCGAGGUUUGACCCCUCUAGAUUGA